ACCAAAAUGGUGCCGAACAAUUGUUUAUUUAGUUACGUCAUGCGAUCUAUAUAGCUGCUUAGACUGUCUGAAUGUGGCCAUUUACGCGUAUGAGUUUAGAUAUCAAGGUGUAUACAGCGAGAGAUCUCUUGUUAUCGUUCCAGAUUACGGUUGCAUCUCUAGAUCAGCUCCAGGUCAUUUCAGAACGCGGCGUGUAGCUCCGAAGAUGACUACGAGGGAGGAAACGUGCAAGACUGAGGAGAAGGAGCCGAAGCAGGAGCAGCAGCAGGGCGUCAUCAGGAGGAGCAUCACGGCGCACGGCACCAUCGAGAACAUCGAGGUGACGCAGACGGAGGCCUCCAAGUCCCUGCCGGAGUCCCCCAAGAUGAGCCCAGGGCCGGAGCAGGAGGCCAAGCCGGCUGCCGAGCUGCCGCAGUACAAGACGGAGAACUACGAGAAUGGCGGAGGUCAGUUUGUGGCUGAUGACGGUAGUAUAAUCGCGAGUGCCCAGGACUAUUAUAAUUCGGUGCAGAUAGGGCAGAUCGCGGAGCCGAUAGAGCAGAAUCAGGCUGAUUAUACCAACUUGGAUUGCGUGCCUGGUGGUGAACAAUAUGCGGGUUAUGCCAGUGAUGGUACGCCGUAUUUGGCUCAGUAUGGUCCUCAGCAGUAUUUUGCUCAGGAUAGUCCGCCUAAUAAUGGCGUUUUGUAUAGGAGCGAUCCGAAUAUGGGGACGAGAUAUCAGCAAAACUACGAGAUCCAGAGCAGCAGCUCCCCCUCUUCAAGCAACCAAGUGACCCUUCUGACCCAGCACGGUUCCUACCAAUACACACCAACGAGCGCCCCGACGCCGUGGCAGGGGGGGCACCAGGAGGUCGACUUCUACAACGGCGCCGCCGUCCACCACGGCUCCACAGCCUCCGGCGGCGACCAGUACACCUACGGCGGCUGGACCGCCUCCUCCAACUCCCCAGAGGACGGCACCCAAUUGCGAGAGGUGAAUAUCAAAGAAUGCGUCAAUUGCGGUGCCAGCGUGACGCCCCUGUGGCGUCGGGACGGCACCGGUCACUAUCUUUGUAACGCCUGCGGCCUCUAUAACCGUAUCAACGGUGUGAACCGACCGCCGGUGAGGCCAACCAAAAAACCCCAGGCGCACGGAACUAGAAGAGCAGGUGUAUCCUGUGCUAAUUGUAAGACUGCAACUACAACAUUAUGGAGAAGGAACAACCAAGGAGAACCUGUAUGCAACGCUUGUGGACUCUAUUUCAAACUACAUGGGGUACCUAGACCGCAGUCCAUGAAGAAGGAUGGUAUCCAGACAAGGAAGAGGAGGCCAAAAGGGAGUUCAGCGCCUUCUCCACACCAUUCUUCGCCACCUCUGGGUCAAUCAAGGCUAGCACCUCAACACUUUCAUUAUGAAAUUGCUGCCGACCAAUAUCAACUACCAGCAACAACACCCUAUCACACAGUGGAAUAUACCAACAGAAGGAUAUCAAGUGCAGAUAUUCAGUUACUCAACCAGAAUGUGGCACCCCUGCAGCCUGUUAUGGUAGGCAUACCAGAAGAACAAACAUCUGUCAUAACGUCUGCUGCUGAACAGAGUAGAUACCAAAACAAUCAGGAUGAAGCGCAUGUUAAAGAAGAUAACAGCAAUUGAAACUGAGGUGCCAGAUAAAUAACCAAUAUCUUGCCAAAUAGAGAAAUGACAACAAAUGGAAUGCAAGGAUAUUCCGGAAGAAAAAUUGUCGAUGUAUAUACUGUAUUAUUGAUAUGCUUUACGCAUUCAGAAUUUAUAUAACUAUUUAUGCUAGAGAAUUCUUAUCGAUUUAUACCAAAUAUUGUAUAGGUAAAUCUAGUCUGCUCUAAAGAAUGAUUUGUAUGUAAAUAUUUUUUUAAUAAAUGUCUGAAAGUUUAGAAAAUUGCAAUUCGCCAAAGCUUGAUCCAUACCGAUACCAUAUGUAGAUACCUACUCAUAUACAUAUAAAUCUUCGUUUUGUAAUUUCAUCUAUUAGAAUUGAGAUUUCAGCCUUUUAACCUAUGACAGAAUUUAUAGAUAGGUAGAUUCAUCUAAUUUGAUUAUGACUAGUCCUAUGAAUAUUUUAUUCUAUAUUCAAAUCGCAUAAAUGAAUAUUUACUUUUAUUUAAGAGUUAUUCACGAAAUGUUUAAAUUUGUUUUUUUAAUGUCAUCAGUUAGAUUGUUGAUGAUUUCUUGAUGUGCAGUAACUGUUGUCAGUUAUCACCGAAUUUGUAAAAGGAUUAAAAUUUAUAGAUAUACAUGGAAUAUGGUAUAGCUAUAGGCUAUAAUCGCGUCAUUCAAUGAAUUUCUCCAAGACUGCUAUAGGGGAUAGCUCUUCUUAUUUCGAAUUUGACCAGGUUAUUUAUUUAAGUAUUAGUGAAUAGUAUUCCAUCACUAAUACUUGAUUUGUAAUAAUUAUAGUAUUUUGACUGGAUUGCAUUCCGUCGCAUGUCAUGGAAUGAAUAAUGAGAAAACUUAUCCUUGAAAUGACCACACAAAAAUAUCAUGAAUUUCUUGUCAAACCAAUACCUUUUGAUGUGGAAUAUUCCACAUCAAAAUUAUUUCAAAAGUCAUAUCCAUUGCAGUUCUCAAAACGUUUUAUUCAUUUUUGAAUUAGGUACACGAUUCAAUAUUUAGCGUUGAAACAUACAAAAACUGGAUGCAUCAAGCGAAUUAGAUCUGGAAUUUCAAAAUACCUCACCUGAAAUUAUUGAAUCUGCUCUUACAAUAACCGAAAGUAUAUUAUCUCAGAAAUGAAAGGAUAUAGAUACAUAGAUAUAUGAAAAACAUUAUCUUCAUUUUAUGGGCUGGAAAGAAGCGAUGUCAGAUUUUUUCUCGGAAAACGUGUUUUUGGGAUAGGUACAUUGAAAAUCAAUGCGAAAUCGGAUGAACUUAGCAAGUAUGUACCUACUUCGAUCUCUUCGAGCCAUGUAUUGAACAAGUCCUCAACCACAAAUACUACGCAUACAAACAUAACUUACUCUGAAAAACGUGUUAUAAAGAAUUCUUCAUCAAUCUCCACUCUGGUUUUCAAUCUUAAUGAUUGUUAAAAUAUAAUAACUAUAAGUUUCAUUAUGAAAUAAAUUUUGAAGCAUCA